UACCAAGACGCACUGCAGAUUGUUUUGUUUUUUCCUGUCAUUAGUGCUAUUUACAUUAGUUUUGCUACUUGAAAUAUCGCAGCACGUCGUGAAGUUUUACAACUAGAAAAUGAAUAAAGCUCACUUUGUCAUUGUUCAAACGCAGGAAGCACAAGGUCCUGUGCUAUCAGUUGUCCCGCAUCAGUGGGUGCAAAAUGAUGGCUUGAUGUGGCCAAAUAAGAAUGCGGCAUCGCUCUCCAAGGACUCCUCAUCAAAACCAUCACCAACGUGGACCAAAAUACCCUGUGUCGUGAAGAAAAAGAACAUUGCUACUUACGAGAAAGCUCAACAGGAAGCAGCGGAUCUAUCAGGGUUGUCGACGGAUACAUCAGACUUUGCUCCACGGAAGAAACAAAAAAAACUUCGUAAGAAUCAUGCUCUCGAGGGAUAUGAUUUUAAUCAUAUGCUAAGCCAAGCCGGUCCAUCCGCUGCGAGCCACCCGCAACCAGCCCUCGGGAACAUGAUUAUCAACAAGAGACAGUCAGUGAUCCCAAAACAGUCAGUGGUCCCAAUAGUUUCAAGGUCUCCUCCCAUAGUACCGAAGAUUGUGACCGGUAAGCCAGAACGGAGGACGGUUCAAUUGACGACAGAGCAGAGCUCAGUCCAGGUGGAACAGAUGCAAAUUGGUACUCCUGUUAUUCCGACCACAUCAUUCAUUCCUGUGACUCCUUGCAUCCCAGUUUCAACAGCUGCCAACAUGCAUCAAAUCAUCGACCAAUCUGAGGUGUCACUGCUCAGUGGAUCAGAGACCGCAGUUAUUUUGGAAAACGCUCAAGAAAUAGAACUCCAAACGCAGAUUGCACAAGAGGAGGUCAACACCUAUAAUGAGGAAUACAUGGCCAAUUAUGAGCAGGAACCCAAUGAAUCUUUGGAAAAUAGAAUCAUCAUGGCAGUUACCGAAAAAAUCGAGCAAGCGAGUGAUCGAAUCGUCCAAGCUGUUGCAAAAAAGAUUGAUGAAUCGCUCACUAAAUCGAUCGCAGCAAUCAAAAGUGACUUUGAUUUGAAGAUUGAAGCGGCUUUACGUGUUCGCCCUCAAAACGACGACACAUUUGACUCAGAUUUCAAAUUCUCGCCUGCAUCGACUGUUCAGGAAAUUGAAAAUCUCGAAUCAAAGUUGGCAGAUAAAUCUUAUCAAGAUAAGCUUAUCACUCACAUGCGGAAGAUCAUUGGCCCUAUUGGAGACAGUUGUAACGGCCAGAAUAUGUGUUACGCUCUGGUGGAUCGAUUUUUCCAACGCAAUGUGAUGACUAACUGUUCUUGGAGUGGGGGUAGCAAAUCCCAAUUUCCAAAGUAUGCAAUGAAAAAUUGCAGCAACAUUUUGGAAGUUUUCUUCAAGAUCGUGCACACUGUUAAUCCAACAUUUUCAGUUAAACUGAUGGAGGACUUUUUCAAGCAGGUUUUGAGGAACGCAAAAACUCGCUGCCAAGCGAAGGGGUUGCGACAGUCUACGAUUCAUCGACGGGCCAAGAAAUCAACAAAAUGUACUCGAGAUGGCAGUUAUGGAGAUGAUGUUCAAACUCAGGGAUUAAAGCAUGAAGCUUUAGAUUUGGACGUUUCCGAUAAUUUAGACGAGGACGAUUCUGAAGUGGACGAGGAAUAUGGCAACGAUAAGGAAAAUAUAAUGGAUGAUGAUGCUAGUGAAGACGAGUGAAUGGUUCACUUAUGAUUUUGAAAGAUUUCGUAAUGGAUACUUGCUGAUCUUUUUUUUACUUUUUUAGUACAUAAGUUUCAACAACUGAAAUCUCCGCCCGAUUUAAUUGAAUUUCGACUCUUUUUUAUGUAAUUCAAUAAUCAAUAAUCAUUGUAUUGAAUAAAAAUGAUA